AUGAAGUACGCAGGACUUGGCCUUUUCGGCCUCGCGGCGCUGGCUGCUGCGAGCGAUGUACACGAGCUCACCGGAGCCACUUUCAGUGAUUUCGUGAGCGAGAACGACCUUGUGCUGGCAGAGUUCUUUGCACCAUGGUGCGGCCACUGCAAAGCCCUCGCCCCCGAGUACGAAGAAGCAGCUACCGAACUCAAGGCGAAGAGUAUUGCCCUCGCCAAGAUCGACUGCACCGCCGAAGAGGACCUCUGCAAGACUCAGGAAGUCACCGGCUACCCGACUUUGAAGAUCUUCCGUGGUGCUUCCAAUGUCCAGCCCUACUCCGGCCCUCGCAAGGCUCAGGCCAUCGUCUCAUACAUGACCAAGCAGUCUCUUCCCUCUGUCAGCCUACUACACACCGGGGAGGCACUAGAGGAGUUCAAGACCGCCGACAAAGUUGUGUUGGUUGGAUACUUUGGCAAGGAUGACAAGACGAGCAAUGUUACAUUCGAGGAGGUUGCCGAUGAGCUUAGGGAUAGCUUCCUGUUCGGCGCUACCUCUGACCCAGCUCUGGCCAAGGCUGAGGGUGUUACACCACCAGCUGUUGUCCUGUACAAGACCUUCGACGAGGGCAAGAACACAUUCGAGGAAGGCUUCACCAAGGAGAAGUUGACCACAUUCGCCAAGACCGCUUCUACACCGGUCAUUGGUGAAGUUGGUCCUGAGACUUAUGCUGGCUACAUGGCAGCCGGUAUCCCACUCGCUUACAUCUUCGCCGAGACACCCGAAGAGCGCGCAAGCAUCGCCAAAACCCUCAAGCCAAUCGCAGAGAAGCACAAGAGCAAGCUCAACUUCGCCACCAUCGAUGCAGGUGCCUUUGGCCAACACGCCGGCAACCUGAACCUCGAAGUCGGCAACUGGCCCGCGUUCGCCAUUCAAGACACCCAGAAGAACCAGAAGUUCCCAUUCGCCAAGCAAGGUUCCGCCUCAGACCUCAGCGCAAAGAGCAUCGGCAAAUUCGUUGAUGACUUCGUCGGUGGGAAAGUCGAUCCCAGCGUUAAGAGCGAGCCGAUCCCCGAGAAGCAAGAGGGCCCUGUUACAAUCGUCGUAGCCAAGAACUACCAAGACGUCGUAAUCGAUAACGACAAGGAUGUUCUGCUCGAGUUUUACGCCCCAUGGUGCGGCCACUGCAAAGCCCUGGCCCCGAAAUACGACGAACUCGCCACCCUCUACAAAUCCCACAGUGACAAGAUCGUCAUCGCCAAGGUCGACGCAACCCUCAACGAUGUCCCGGACGAGAUCCAGGGAUUCCCCACCAUCAAACUCUUCAAGGCUGGCUCCAAGGAUGCCCCGGUCGACUACUCCGGUUCCCGCACAGUGGACGAUCUGAUCAGCUUCAUCCGCGAUAAUGGGAGCCAUAAGAUUGACGUCUCUAGCGCCGAGACGGCUAGUGCGGAAGGUGUGGAGACGGAUGGGAUGCCCAUGCAGGCUCCGGCUGCUACGGCCAGUGGGGCCGCCGAGAAGGUCAAGGAGAAGGUGAAGGAGGCGGCGGGGUGGGUGAAGGACUCGCUGUUGGAUGAUGAGGACGCGGAUGAGCAUGAUGAGUUGUGA